AUGGCUCCCAGCUCUUUGCAAGGCUUUUAUGGCUAUACUGAUACGCUAUCUGGAGUAUUCUACGGCCCUGGGUCUGUAUCCACCGCGCUACCGGCCCUUCUUUCGACGCUGGGGGUGCGCAAGGCACUAAUAGUGACCACGAAGAGUCUCGUCAACAAGACAGAUGUGGUGAAAAAAAUUGAAGCAAUCCUUAAGGACAAUGGAGCCUACGGUGCCACCUUCUACGAGAUUGGAGAGCACGCUCCCGUUGCGGGUAUACGACGCGGUGUCAAGGUUUUUCGUGAUUACGAGUGCGAUGUUAUUGUCUCUGUCGGAGGGGGAUCACCAAUCGACGCCGCAAAGGCUAUCCUCCACUACAACCAGGAAGAAACUGGUGGCCCUACACUCCUUCAGAUAGCCAUUCCGACAACUUUAAGCGCUGCAGAAUACACAAUCGGUGCGGGCUUUACAAAUGAUCAGGGUCAUAAAGUUGGGGUAACGUCCCAAAAACUUGCGCCCGCGGGAGUCAUACUAGAUGCCGAACUGACUUUACCGACACCAGAGCGGUUAUGGUUGUCAACAGGCAUUCAAAACUUGUGUUAUGUUACGCAGCGAAUUGCGGACCUUUUCACAUAUCUCCCGGUAUCGAAAGCUAACCCACAGGAUGUUGUGGUCCGCCAAAAGCUUCAAAUCGCGUCGUGGAUGACUGAUCGUGUAUCGGAAAAACCUGAUUCCUGGUUCAGUCCGUUGGGGUUGUCGCAUGCUCUAGGCCACAGGUUGGGAGCGACUUACGGAAUCCCGCAUGGUAUCACAUCGUGCAUCACUUCUCUCACCAGUCGUGGCGCUGAGGGCGGAAAUAGAAUCGCAAGAAAACAAAGGAGGCGCUUUCCAAGGCGCUGUUCUACUUACAGGCGCCAAACGACGGGCAAUCUGGAUCAGGAUGUGCUGCUACUUUCACGACUUAUACAAGAGUUGGUGACCUCACUUGGUCUGAAAUCGAGUCUGGAAGAAUACAAGGUACCAAAGGAGGAUGUAGAAAAAAUUGCCGAGCUAGCGCUCGGGGGCAAAGAGCAGGGAGUGUAUGACAAAGUAGUCGGAGUAUUACAGAGUCUGUAUCCGAGCGGAGAAUUGUAA